AUGAAGCCAAGAGGACUACCGGAGAACCAGAUACCGACGCGUCGAGCACUAAUCUGGCCCUCUGGAAGUAACUUUACCUACGCGAAGCAACUCAAGGACCCUGGAAACAUCAACCACUGCAUCGAGUACAACCUGUAUGCCGGCGACCGUUACAAUAGCGCCAUGCGCGCUAAGCUGCUACUUCUUGGACAGAUGACAGACGAGCCUUGUUUCAACCAGCUUCGUAUCAUUGAGCAGCUCGGCUACGUCGUGUUGUCUGGCCCUAGCUUCCACGACGACUGGUCAGGAUACUACAUCCUCGUCCAGAGUGAGAAAGACUGUCAGUACCUUGAGGCUCGCAUCGAAAAUUCCCUCACCACGUUCGAGCAGACGUUGAAUGACAUGAGCGAGGUUGACUUUGAGAGCCACAAGCGUGCGAUGAUCAAUAACAGGCUGGAAAAGUUGAAGGACUUGACGUCUGAAAACACGAGGUUCUGGUAUCAUAUCCACAGUGAUUCGUACGAUUUCCUGCAAACCGAUGUUGAUGCUGCGACUCUUGGGAAGUUCACCAAAAAGGACAUGGUCGACUUCUACAGCCAGUACAUCUCGACAUCAUCCUCUCAGCGGUCCAAAGUAUCAGUGCAUCUUCAAGCACAGGCUAAGGCUAACGAUCUCUCCCUCGUCAACAACGAGGCUUUGCAGAGUCGCCUCAAAGACGCGUCAUCGAGCGGAGCGAUCUCAGAUGCCGCUGCCAGCCAUCUUAUUGACGGUUUUAAGAUGGAAAAGGAAGUCGCUGACAAGGUCCUUGGCGAGGCCAGGGCUGCGCUAAAUGUCGCGAACUUAGGUCCUUCAGCCGCUCCACAGGCUCUCGAUGCGUCGGCAGACAUAGAGAGCGCCGCAGGCGUUACGUGGAACGCCUGGGCCAUCAGGGACCGCAUCGGUUCGAUCCUGCUCAUUGCUGAAGCUGCGAACGACCCUGACGCCUCAAAACGUGAUCAUUUCGUCUUCGGCGCCGAUCGUCGUUUGUGUCAAAGCGUGCACAUCGCCGAGCGUUCAUUGUUGCUUGCCAUAGCUCGAGCGCUUUGGAGCUUCGAAAUUCGCAAAGCGGUCGAUGCUGAUGGUAAGGAAAUCGUGCUUGAUGCAGGGAACCUGGCAGAAGGACUGUUCGUUUGCCCAAAAGCCUUCUCGGUAAACAUUGUACCAAGAGACCUUGGACGAGUCAAGAGGAUAAAAGCUGAGUGA